GGUAUUUCUCUCUGUCGAUGAACAAUUUUGAAGGUCGUAUACCUCAAUCAUUCGGAUACCUGGUUGCUCUUGCAUACUUGGAUUUAUCCGCAAAUAACCUUUCAGGUAUGAUCCCCGAGUCUCUGGUGAAUCUUAAACAACUUAGCUAUCUUAAUGUGUCUUUCAAUGCACUCACUGGUAAGAUUCCAAAUGGAGGACCUUUUGCAAAUUUGACAGCUGAAUCUUUCAUGGGGAAUGCUGAAUUGUGUGGAACGUCUCAAUUCAAUGUGGCGGAAUGCAGAACUGGUGGCAUGAAAAGUAAAAACAAAAGGAGGGAUUUAACUUUUGUUCUUGCAUCAGUUGCAGUAGCAUUAGUAGUCACAACUCUUUUCAUGGUUUGGUUUCUGAAAUACCGAAAAAGAAGCAGACAACUUCCUAUACCAGAUUUGAUUGGUCAAUCCCAUCAGAGGAUCUCUUACUAUGAAGUUGUUCGAGGGACAAACAACUUUGAUGAAGCCAAUUUGAUUGGCAGGGGAGGUCUUGGUCUAGUGUACAAAGGGACACUCCAAGAUGGAAUUAUUGUUGCUGUGAAGGUUUUCAACGCGGAAGUACAAGAUGCAUUUAGAAGAUUUGAUUUGGAGUGUGAGAUUUUGCGCAACAUUCGCCAUAGAAAUCUUGUUAAGGUGAUAAGCAGUUGUGCUAAUCUUGAUUUUAAAGCAUUGGUUCUAGAGUACAUGCCAAAUGGAAGCCUUGAUGCUUGGCUUUACUCUCACAACAACUUUUUCGAUUUAAAUCAAAGAUUGAGGGUCAUGAUUGAUGUGGCUUCUGCAAUGGAAUAUUUACAUGAAGGUCAUUCUUUUGUUGUUGUACACUGUGAUCUAAAACCAAGUAACAUACUUUUGGAUGGAGACAUGGUUGCAAGAGUCGGCGACUUUGGUAUAUCCAAACUUAUGACAGCUGAUAAAUUGAUAGCACAAACGAAAACGUUAGGCACUAUUGGCUACAUGGCACCAGAAUAUGGAUCAGAAGGCUUAGUGUCAACCAUGGGAGAUGUUUACAGCUAUGGUAUCAUGUUAAUGGAAACAUUUACUAGAAAGAAGCCCAUGGACGAUCUUUUCGUUGGAGAACUCAGCUUGAAGAGAUGGGUGUUUGAAUCAUUCCCCGAUAGAGUGAUGGAUGUAGUGGAUGCUAAUCUAUACUCAAGACAGGAUGAGCAGUUUUCAUCCAAAGAAACUUGCAUUAAGUUGGUAAUGGAAUUGGCCUUACAAUGUACAUCUGAAUCACCUCAAGAGAGAGUCAGUAUGAAAGAUGUCCUUGUAAGACUCAACAAGAUUCAAACCAACUUCUUGCAUUGUCCAACAAGAAGCCAAAAUAGAAUGUAAGGCUUCUUGGUGAGGGACAAAUUUGGGGGACAGAAUGAAAUACCAUCUUUCUUUUUUCUUGUUUUCAAUUUGUAUGGAAUUCUCUUGUAAAAUAUAUGUAACAAACCAUGGUAGCUAAUGAAAUUGUAACUUCAGAGA